GAUACGACUGAGGUUAUACGUUUCAAGCGGUAUUGUGUUAGUGGGGUUAGCCGCUAGGAAGCGUAACACGGGAUACCGUGUAUACCGUGCGGUAUUGGUGUUAACACUUCAAGCAGAACACGGGAUGGAUACUGGGAUGUUGAACUCUUCAAUGCAAAGAGGUAGGUUAUAAACUAGGCCCGUGCGCGCCAUUCAUUUAUGAUUCAGCGUUGUGUACGCCAUUGUGGUUUUUGACCACAUGUAUUUAUAUAAUAGAGGACAGACCGCUCCACGCCAACGGUAUCUGAAAAAGAGGCAGAUAAGUCCCGAUAACAUGACCAGGUAAGGAUAAAGGAAUAAUCUUCAUCUAUUCAUAGCACUUGACUCUGCCCAACAGAUAAAUCCAUCGCAUGGGCCUAGGCCUAAAUUCUAUGACUUUAAAGCUUCAACGUUAUAUAAUGUGACGUCCGCAUUCUGAAUAUAUAAUACAGUAUCUAAUAAAAAAAUCUGCCGGAAAGUGUAAUAUGAUAUGACUUGAGUUUAGGCCUAGAUACGUUGUUGGUCCUGUCCUGAGGCAAGUGCUUGUGAUCUGCUUUAUUAUCACCAAUAAUGAUCAUUGCUAUUACGAUAAGUCGAUAUAUCAACUUACCACAAUGUACCAGUAUACAAAUAAGUUGCACGGCAUUUGCUUUAGGGAUGACUGCGUCUUGGCCAUGAGCAGGCUAUAUAAUAAUGAUGUUGCAUUUUGCCUAUUAUUGCCCAGUUUGAAACUAAGAUAUUAUUGCCAAGUUUGUAAGAAUCAAAAAUAGAUGCAAUUAAGACGACAGUGCAGAGGAAGAUUGGGGUACUGGAUGAAACCCACAAACCCAUUGCAAUUAUAAUACUGGUAACUCUUUCACACUGGACUGAGAGAGUAAUUUUUACUUUCGGUUUACUUCAAAAGUAAAUAGUCCCAGUCCUUACACUAAUCAAUAAUGAAUGGAUAUAUUGAAUAAGCGAUGAUCUCUAUGUUUCAGAUUUGAAAAAUGCGACGAAGAUUUGCACGAAAGGGGCCAAAAUAUAAAAGGUUUGUGUAUGAUAGCUCUGGAAGACGAGUGGAGUAUUUCCGAUAUCAGGGGUCUUCUUGCAAUACAAGUACAAAAAAUGAAGGAAGAUGUAGUGAUGUGCCACUUGUUGUUCCGGACAACAAUCAAGUUGAUGACUUAGGAAAUGUUGCAUCUGGCAGCAAUAGAAAGUAUAGCCAGAAGAGGAAGCAGCUAUCGGAUUCCUGGAAAGCUGUACGAGAGAAGCUGCUGGCUGUACGUACUGAAGAGCUAUCACCUUCAACAUUCUAUUGUUGUCGGUGUGGUCAGCAGACUGAUGAAAUUAUAAGGUGUAAGGACUGCAGUCAUUUGGCAUAUUAUUGCCAACCAUGUUGCGACGAAAUCCAUGCUACAGUCCUUUUCCAUGCACCAAGUAUUUGGAAGGUACAUAGUUCACAGUUCACAGUUACAAAAGUCAUAAAAUGUUAGGGCUGUUCCAGUUUUUAGGUCAUCUUUGUUCCAUCCAUUAUCUUAUGUCUUCUGCAGUGCGUAAGACUUUUUAUUUUGAAGCACUACUACUCCUUAACCAAUGGGUGGUUAACUACCAAAUUUGGUUUGAAACAUCAUUUAGGAAGGGUGAUCAUAUUUUAUAUAAAUGAGGCUGGUCCGACCCCUAGAGACAGAGGGGCGGGCCCAAAAAGGGGAAUUUUGCUAAAAUUUAGCUUUAAAAUCCUAUAUACUCCUUCUUAACCUUUUGGUGGAUUUCAUCCAAAUUUGUUGUGAAAUAUAGAGAGAGGGCAAUCAUAAGUAGCCUAAUUGCUGUACUGCUGUAAGUGUUUUUCUCUCACCCCUCCCGGUAUCAUACUGGUCUGUCCAGGUAAAUACACCUAUGCUUGCUGUGUGUGUAUUACCUCGCUUCCGGUGUAGGAU